AUGUUGAAUGGUCUGCUGCACGAGCAGCAAGAAGCCGCAGAGGCUCUUCAAGUCAGCUGCCUCCUGCUGCCGCCGCCCAACCGGAGACGCCUCCAGCUGUUGAUGCGUCUCAUGGCGCGGGUCUGCCAGAACCCCCACCUGCCGCCACUCAAUGACGCCAUUGCUACCCGCACACUGAUGGUGCAGAUGUUCUCUCACUGCGUCCUGGGCUCAGUGGAUGAGAUGGACUUGGAUGAGCUGCUUGCCACCAAACUGGUGAUGUUCAUGAUGGAGCACCACAACACCAUCUUCCAAGUUCCUUCCAAGCUGCGUUGCCAGGUCGAGGAGCACCUGUCCCACCUCAAAAGAGUUCAAGUUAGUGCCCGUUUCUCUGCUGACGAGUAG